AUGCAUAGUUCAUCCGCUUCUAUAAAAAAAGAAUCAAAUACAUCAAAACUUCCCAUACCAGACCAUAAGAUUAACCAAAAUGUCUUGAAAAACAGUCAUCCAACUUCUUCCAAUACCCAAUUACUAAAAAAUUUACCAGAUCUAAUUCAAUCUCCAAACAGAUUAGAGAGCAGCUGUAUAGGUCAACUAUUAGCAAAAUCAAUAGCAUUACAAUUAAAACCAAUGAAUGAUAAUACAUCUAUAUCAACAGUUGCAUUUAAUAGAUUACUAACUCUAGUAGAUUUACAAUUAAACGACAUGAUAUAUCAAUUAGCAAGAUUAUCCAUUACACAAAGGAGGUUAACAAUUGCAAGUAAUGACUUAUCCCUAUGGUUGAGAUCUUUCAACCUGAAUCCUUCAGAUUUAACUCUGUAUUUGGAAGAAUCAAACUUCAUAAAAUCUAAAUUUAAUAAAGAUUAUAAUUUACUGUAUGAAUUGCUGAGAGACUACAAUACAGAAACUAACCAUAAUUUCAAAAAUCCUAAUUACUCUACUUCAGAUUUAUUAAAUAAUAAGUCUUCCGAAUCUUCGUCCUCAAGGAUCGUGCCACCUUCGAAUACUAUUUUAAGGUCUAUGCCAGAAUGGCUUCCAAGUUUACCACCCGAUCAUACGUAUAAGUUUACUCCGUUAUAUAAUGAGCCAAUUACAGAUGAAACAGUAAUGAAAAAAAUAUUAGUAAACGAAGGUAAAUUGGCUGAAUCUGCAUUAAUUAAGCUAUUAGAAGCCUCCACAACAUCAGAAAUUAAUUCAUUACCAACUCCAGAAACAGACAGAGAAAAUGAUCUUGAACAGAAUAUCAAUAUUGAUACCAACACUAACGGUAAUUCGAUGACACUAAAGUCAGUGAGUGAAAAUGAAAAAACUAACACGAAUGAAAGAUUAAAUGAUGAACUUUUAGCCCAAGAUGAAACUAAAGCGAUUUAUGGCUCAGCUUUACAAGUAAGAAAAAUCAAAAAACGAUUUGAACUGAUGAUUGACCCGAAAGCAGAAACACAAUUAUCUGAAGAAUUUGUUUAUCCCUCAACUUUCAAUGUUGAAGAGUAUGCGCGUAAACAAGUCCAAAAAAUUAGAGAACAGGUUUUAUUUUAUGAAGAAAAACAAUUACAAGCACAGAAAAAUCCUUUUUGGAAAUACUCAAAAAUGAUAGUUGGACCCUCUCAAUUCCACCACGGACCACAUCAUCAUCAUCAUCAUCAUCAUCACCACCACCGUCGCUAUUCAAAUUCUUCUACUUCCUCAGUCUCUUCUUCACCAUCACCUGGCUUAUUUGGAGGAGUUAGUAAAAAACAAAUCAACCAUGAUAUUCAACAAAUGUUUAACAGGUCAUUGAAUAAUUUAAUAAACUCUCUACCGAACCUAGCGAAAGAGAAAGCUAGUGCUCGUGAAAUUGCUGAAAAUGAAAGAGAAAAGAAAGUACAAGAAAUGCUUAAAAAGAAACAAAAGGAAUUGAAUGAGAAACAAUCAAGUGCUGGUGCAUUAGAUUUACAUGACCUUCAAAAGGAAAAUGAUGGUUUAUUUGCAGACCUCGGAAGUAGUGAUGAUGACGAAAGUUCCACAAGACACCAAAACACAUCUGAUAAAACUCAAGAGACACACAGUCCCAAAUUAUCUCAAAAUGAAGAUCAGCAUGCUAAUAAUAAUGAAACGCAAGAAAUAGUCAAACAUGUAUUAGAGCAUAACCAUAACAACGAAACUCAAGAAAUAGUCAACCAUGAAAUAAAAGAAAAUCAUAAGAACGGAACUCAAGAUAUAGCCAUUAACGAAACUGAACAAGAUCAUAACAACAGUGCUCAAGAAAUUGAAAACAGUGAAACCGGCAUCAAUGCUGCUAUUACUUCUACUUCCACUUUACCAGGCUCUAUAGCAUCACCACCAACUAUAUCUGAGCAAAGGGCUCCUCAUACUUCCGCUGUUCUAACAACUAAUGAUGAUGUAACUGAGGGAACUUCGAAAGAUGACUCUAGUCAAGUAGAAAUAAAACCAUCUGAAGGUGUGGCUUCACCUGAAAAUUAA